AUGGAGGUUUCGUUGUGGCCUGCUAUCGUCGUGGAGAAUACAAUGGACUUUUCAGUGGUGCUCUCCUUUAUACAGAAGACUACCUUUGUCGAGUUAAAUAUCGCCCCUUCGACCGAAAAAGAUUUGUCGAUAAUCAAUCCGUGUGAGCCGGUAGACGUACAAUUGCAAUACGAAUCAAGUUCCGGUAAUGCUCCAGCCGCUACGGAGUCACUGACAUUUUGCAUCUCCUACGGAAAUCCGAGUGAACAUGUUUUUGUCUUUGAGGGCUAUAGAGCGGUCGUGAGCUUUUGCAAGGAUCGUCGCCCAAUGGUUCGAAUCAAAAUCGAGCGCAUCCUUAGCAUUGCAAACAUGACGCCGCACGUUUUGGCCAUUAACGUAAGCAGCCCUCUUAAAAAUCGACGUGCUUUGGAGAAGAUCGGCUCAUGUGUCGAGCGCUCUGUCGGGGUUCUACCAGUCAGCACCUAUUUGGUGAUCUCAAUCGCAAUAGUUGAAGACUUGAACAACGAGGAAGGUCCGGUAAAAUGGUCUCCAGAAGCUUCACUCAAUGUGAAAGGUGAUGCGAAAUCAAUCAUUGUGCCAGCUGCGGGUCCGGGACCACCAAGUUUGGCCAGUGCGUACUGUAUCGAAAUGGUCAACCUGGAUGGCUACCUGAAGCUCAUGAUCCGUCCGCAGGUUGUGGUGAUCAAUUCAACGAAUUACUCCCUCAUGUGUCUUCCUACAGACAACCAAGGUAAUAUACUGAACGCAGACGAACCAUCGUUGAUACCGAACAAAAAUGCCGGAUGGUGUGUGCCUGUAUGUCUGUACAAAGAGGAAGAAAAGAGAGGCUUUACUGCUGGUGUGUCAUCUUGGUUUAGCUCGAAGCUAUCAAGGCACUCGAACGAGGAUGCCUUGCAGACUUCGAAUCAGGCUUUAGUCGUAAAACUGUCUUGCUCCUUUCGGGUAAGUCUCGCGGAAGAUGGUUACGACGAGUGGACAGAGGAAAUAUCGAUAUUGCUCCCGGAAAUUUCGCUUCUGGCUCAUCCCGAUGGCAGCCUGGAAACGGUUGAUCCACUGUCGACCUCAGUAAAAAACACAGAUAACCUGUAUCCAGCUCCUUCUACAACCACUCGCCGAAGGCGUUUGCUAAUUCGCCACCGUGACAUGAGGCACAGAAUGCUGACGUUUACAGUAACGCAAAACGGAAUGUCGAUCCAGGUACUCUUCUUCGAUGAUCACCAACCGCCUGUGGUAAUCCACAACCAGUGGCAAAGACGAUUGGGUUUCCAAAAUGUGUCAUUCCCAUCGAAUCCAGAAGGCGUUGGUGCAGACUUCUACCUUGAGUACGACUGGCAUCUACAGAUGUCAGCGAAGAACCGCAAAUCGAAACAAAGAGGGGCAGAAGAAAUUCCCAAAAGUAGCAAUAAGGACAAUGACGAGCUGCUGGGCGACUGGAUAAGCGACUCACGAUCGCUAGAUAGCGUACACAUGUCUGAUUCAGCAAUGAAUGACCGUAUGCGUUUCCAGAUUGGAUUGCCGGAAUACGGGUGGUCCAACGCGCUUUGGCAGGUUGGCGGGAUCCAAUUUGCAUCGUUUGCAAGCGAGAAGGAGAACACGAUAGAUACAGCAACUCCGACCUUCUUGGUAAUGUGCCUGUAUCGAGCAGGGUCGUGGCUGAUAUCUAUUACCUGCUUAGAGGAGGAUCCAACACGUGAUGUUCAUGCGGGUCAAAUGCCACCGUUGAUUUCACCCGCAAUGGCAACAUCGACAGCAGUGCAGAAUACUAAACCAACGUCGCUGAAAAUUAGCUUGGUUGUGAAGGAGCUGUCUCUCCAUCUCUGCGAUGAAUACGACCCCGUGCAGGAUACGAGGGGCAUGAUUAUUUACCCAGAAAUUCUGCGAUUGACUUGUACUGCAGUAUCGAUUGCAUUUGCUACGACUCCCGAUCCACCCGAAGUGUCCCGUCACAGUGACCGUUUGGGUUACCUGUCACACAUCCGAUCAUACACAACCAUCUUCGUUGCGAUUGGGGACAUUGAAGUGAGGCAUUUCUUGAAAACCUGCAACUUUCCGGUGAUCAUCUGCUUUCCGAGAACUCAUGAGUCGAAAGAAUUGCUACAAUCAGAUCUAAUGGACAAUCUCCUUGGCAAACAGUUGCCUGGUACAGGAAAUACCAGCUUGUUGAUCAGGGUCAUUUACGCAGAUACGUGGGAUCCAGUUAAUAUCCCAUCUUACUUCCACACGGUUGAGCUAAACUUGUCCCCGGCCGUCGUUCAGGUAGAAGAUGACAUCUUGUUGUACUUAAACGCUUUCGUUCGGUCAAUACUUGAUGCCCUGGAAGGUAAAGCUGCUUCAGGCACGGUUGCCUACGGUGGAAAUCAAGGCCAUGAAACUUGUCAUGAGGAUACCUGGAGUUUGUACGCAUACGAAUCAGCGAUGAUAUCAAAACAGCACAAAGUGUUUAUCGGACGUCUCGAAAUCAGCAGCAUAGAGGUGGUCAUCACCGCGCGUGUGUCAAUUCCUGUACUAAACAGUUUUGAUGGCACACCGCUGCACUUCGGGUCGACCAAGUUGCGAGAUGUGUUUUCUUUCCCCGACCAGCUGUGCAAGGAUCUGGCAGCAGACUAUGUCGCCGAUACCAUCGUUCGCUCUCCAAUGCUUUUAAUGUCGCUGAACAUUAUUGGCAACCCCGCGUAA